CCACAGUGCGAUUUUUUUUUAUAGAUAUGGGCGCAUCGUACUCGAAUUCGCACUACCAACUCUCUCGUUCAUUGUUUUCAGUCGCACAUCCAACGGUUCUUCGUGCAGUCUUUCCCAGUCACUUUCGCCGCAGUUAAUCGCGUUUUUUUCAUAUAAUAGAGGAAAAUGUGCCAAACAUUUUGAGAUCAAUCAGUUCAAUCGACAAACUCACUAAAAUGGAUUGUGCGUGGGUGCGAAUCUUCGGCUUGCUUCUGGCAAUGGCAGCAAAAGCAAAAUCCCAAAACGCCAUAAUCGACCCGAUAAAAGACGCGCUCUUCCUGCACAAUUUCAUUCAGACCAACAACACCCUGCAAGACUGCGUCUUCCGGCCGUACAACGUGAAGGAAAUGUGUCCCGACCCGGACAUUCGAUACGUCCUGUACACGAACGGCGAGAAGCAGGUUUAUAGUCAUACUCAAACUGACUGGUUGAGGCAAAGCAUUUGGGACCCCUUGAAGGAAGACAUGCUGUUGGUGCAUGGAUAUGCUGGAGGCGACGACACUUUACCAAUUAACGUCCUGAGAGAUGCGUACAUUCGGAAUGGCUCCUACAACACCUGGGUGCUCGACUGGGGGGCCCUGGGCGAAGCCCCCUGCUACCGGGCGGCUGUAAGCAACAUGCGGGCGGUGGCUAGAUGUACCGGAGACUUUCUGACCAUGCUCAGAACCGCCGGAUUGCCUACGGAAAAACUCACCUGCGUAGGGCAUUCGUUGGGCGCUCACAUAUGCGGCUUGAUUUCCAAGUACGUGCUGUUCCGAAUGCACCGGAUCGUCGCUCUGGACCCAGCCAGGCCGUUGAUCACCAACCAAGUGAAGCUGAAUUCUGGAGACGCUGCAGCUGUCCAUGUGCUGCAUACGAACGCAGGCCACUAUGGGGAGGGCGGGCGUGGUGGGCAUGUGGAUUUUUGCAUCAACGGAGGCCGAAUCCAGCCCUAUUGCGAAAAUGGCGAUAUUGAUGCCCAGUUGUGCAGCCAUAUUUGGGCGAUUUGCUACAUGGCGGAGAGUUUGGUGCCUCAUUUGCAGAAGAAGGCGGAACCAUGCGCGAGGAGGUGCCCAUCGGGGCCCAGGCCUGGCAACAGAGUGGGCAUCCCAAUGAUGAUGGGCCAGUCCACUCCUCUGACAGCUGCAGGCUCUUAUUGCAUACACGAUAAGGAGCCUCCCUACUGCCCGAAGAAAGCUGGCCACAUUGGCGACUCCAGAUGCUGCUUGAAGCCCCCAGAAUCUCCGCCUCCUGCAAGGCGCUUUUGGGGCUGAUGGGGCGUGGAAUUACCCAAUUUUUGUACAUAUAGCGGGAAUUUACAUUACGGAGACUUAAGUAGGUAUAUGGGGUGAUUUGUUCAUGGACCUGGAUGGCUUGGGGGGUGGAGGAUGGAGCAAACUAAUCGUUUUCUCGGGGAGUUGAGGGGAAAACAGACUGCAGUCCAGUGCGCAUUUAUAGAUGUAAAAUGAAUAAAUUUCUGUUUUUACUUG